AUCCGCCCGAGUUGGAGCUUGCAAAAGAUUAUGUUAAUUUUUAUAGCCGUUCACAAUUACAAACCUCGGAAAUUUUAGCAUCGCAUGAAUCAUCUGGUGAAGAUUUUAUGUUAUACUUUGAGAAGUAUUUAAAGGCGCUAUAUUUCGCUAAUGAUGAUCUUGGUUCAAAUCAUAAGAAUAUUUCAGCAUCUCCAGAGCUUUCAAUAAUCAAUAACCCUAUAAAGAGCAAGGCUGUUGGAUGA